UCAUUGUAAUCUAUCGUGUUGUGGAUUCAAUACAAGUUAAAAUUUUCUUGUUUUGAAUUAAAUAAAUUUAUAAAUAAAUAAAUUUUUAAAUAAACAGAAAACAGUGAAAUGAAUAAUGAAAAAAUUUGCUCUCCUUUCACAGAAGCAGAAAAGUUUUUUGAUUCAGUUGUCGAUUACAAUUUGUGUUUCAUUCACGUCAGUCGGUUGUGGAACGAGUCUCUCAUGGACAUCUCCAGCUCUGCCACAUUUAAAAAGUAACAAUUCAAAAGUACCAAUAACAGAAUUCGAAGGCUCAUGGAUUGCGUCAACUUUAGAUUUAGGCGGAGUUGUUGGAAACUUAUUGAAUCCAGCAAUUUCCCCUUUUAUGGGACGAAAAUAUUGUCUGGCAUUUUCUACCAUUCUUCAAGUAAUUUCAUGGUUAUUUGUCAUCAUUGACAAGAAUGUGACAAUUCUCUAUGCAUCACGUUUCAUCAACGGUCUGGCAAAUUCGAUAGGUUUAAAUUUCGCCAUAAUGUACAUUGGCGAGAUUGCCGAAAAGAAUACAAGAGGAAUUUUACUUUUAAUAUUAAGAAUAAGCCUGCAGACCGGUAGUUUAAUUGUUCUUAUAUUUGGCGCGUAUCUUCCUUAUAAUUUAAUGAAUUUAGGAGUCCUUUUAAUGCCACUUUUAUAUAUAAUUACAUUUCCCUUUAUACCCGAGAGUCCUUAUUAUCUAUUAUUACACGAGAAAAUAGAAGAGGCACAAAAUUCUGUAAUUAAACUAAAAGGGACGAAUAAUUCCGAAAUUAUCGACGAAGAACUUUUUCGAAUUAAUAAUUCAACGCUAAAAGCAAAAGAAACGGAAAGAUGUGCAAUGUGGGAUUUAUUUUAUUCGAAAGGCAAUAGAAAAGCAUUUUUUGUUCUAAUUCUCCUGCAGGCGAAUAAAGUGUUAUCGGGAAGAUUUGCAAUUGCCGCUUAUACACAAGAGAUAUUUGAUUAUACGGGAUUUUUGUUGUCGUCGAAAAAUUCGGCAAUAUUAUACACGAGUGUUACUUUAGUAAUGAUUGUGAUUGCUUCACAAUUUAUUGAGCGAAUUGGAAGGAGAAAAAUUGUUCUCUACUCGUCAUUAUUCUCGGGCAUUGGUUUAACAAUAGUGGGAUUAUUUUUUUUUAUUAAAUUUUAUCUCAACGGGGACAUUCAAUCGAUCACAUGGUUGCCAUUAUUUGGUUUAAUUGUUUACAAUAUUGCCUCAACAUUGGGUGUUGGUUCAUUGACUUACGUUAUAACGGGGGAAAUUUUUUCUCUUCACGUGAAAGUUACGGCUGUUAUGUGCUCGGCAAUUGUCACUGAUUUAAUGGUAUUUCUCGUGAAAUUAUCAUUUCAGUGGAUGAAUUGUAAUGUUGGUAUUUAUACAACUUUUUGGAUUUAUUCCAUUUGUUCUUAUGUCGGUGGAAUUGUCUUUUUUUUCUAUGCACCGGAAACUAAGGGCAAAACUUUAGAGGAAAUUCAAGAUAUUUUAAAUGAUAAUAAUAAUUCGGGGAGGAAACUUGAAAAAAAGUCCAAUUCUUUUCUAUGGACAGAAACAUAUUAAAGGGUAAAAAAAAAAUUUUUUUAAAUUUAAAAAUCUGCUUUUUCUAAUUCUGAUAUUUAUAAAAAAGGGAACUACCGGUGUAAAUAAAUAAGUAAAUAAAUAAAUAAAUUUAAAUAAAUAAAUUUAAUAAAAAAAUAAAUUUAAAUAAAUAUAUUUAAAUAAAUAAAAAAUAAAUAAAUAUGGAAUUAUUUCUAGAGAUUCAAAUAGUUCCAGAUAUUAAAACUGUCAACGAAGAAAUAACCAAAAUACAAAAAACGAAAAAUAGAAUUAGUUCUUAAUACUCAAAACUAAUGAGUAUAUUUUUAAUGAGUACAAAAUGAGUACAUUUUUUCUAUAAAAUAAAUAAAAAAGACGUCACUUAAAAUAUUCUAUCAAAAAGAUAAUUUCUUUAUCAAAUCUUAUCUUUAUUUAUAAAUAAAAUGCUGGUAAUCAAAAUUAGAUCAAUCUUUAACUAUCGUAACUGUAAGAAGAGAUAAAGAAAAAUUCGGCCAAAUUGUGUAGAAGAGUAAAAACAAAUUUUAAAAUUGUGCGUGAAAUAAAAAAUCAUUUU